AGGCGGCGUGCGACGGCGUGGCGAGCGGCCACUGGGCGCGCCAGGUGUGGAUGCAGGCGGCCAGGGCCCUGCUCCGCACGAGCCGGUCGCUGUGGGAGGUGGCGUUCCCAGCGGUGGCGAUGAACGUCUGUGUGGUCGUGGAGAGCUGGGCCUGCCCGCCGAACGACAAGCAGCUGCUGAUUUCAGGGUCGCUCGUCUUCGUGUUGGUAUUCCUGCUUCAGCUCGUCCCCGCCCAGCGGGUCUUCGGCUUGGAGGAGAGGAAGGUGGCCUGGCGAGAGGCCUCCGUCACCUCGCUGUCGCAGGUGGCGUUCAGUUUUGUCGGGAAAGACCUGGCCAGCCUGGCGGAGAUAUUCUUCCAUGCGGCGAGCUUCACGCUUACCUUCUUGCCGUUGGCGCAGACCUUUGCUUCAGGCGCCGAAGUCUUCUCUGUCGCAUUCGCACUGAUUUACUGCGUGUGGGGCAUCAUUCACAUCGCGGCCAUCGUUUUCACAGCGCAGAAGGCGACGAUGUGUGGUGUAGUUCUAGGCUUCAUGGCCUUCCUCUUCAGCGGGGCCAAGCCAGAGUCGUUUUUGCUCGUUGAGAGCUUGGGCGGCUUGGGUAAGUUCCUGGUGCUGGUCACCCCCACGCGGUGGGCCCUCUCGCACUGGAUAUUCCUGCACAUGUCGGGGCGCGGCUCGUUCUGGACGUCCGAGUUCGCCGCGUCGGUCCUCGAGAAGUACAUGUACGACGUGGGCUUCUCCCUGAAGAGCAUGCAGUGCAUGAGGAGCCCGGGCACCUCCUCGGUCCUCGAGCGGCUCAGGGCUCACGACGGCUUCGAGUGCAGCAGCCUCCCCCUCCUCCUCCUCGGCGCCCUCUUCCGCUUCCUGGCGGCCGCCUGCCUCCUGAUCACCACCGGCAGCUCCCGGGCCUCGGGCGGCGAGCUGCCGCUCGGCGUGGCCUCCGAGGCGGGCUCACGCUUGCUGAAGGCCUGCCUCGCCGCCUUCCUGGUCUUCGGGGCCGUGCUGAACGUGCUGCUGCUGGGGGGCGUGGCCUGACAGCGGGGGGGCGCUGCCCUGGCGUCUGGGGUGGGCUCCGAGCCGCUGUCCUGCGAUGGCACACAGGGCUGCUCCGCUGCCCACGGGGAAACAAAAAGGGCGCCACCGGGUGCGCGCUUCCUCUUGCUUGCUGAUCUGGGCAGCGCUGGCUCCCCUGG